AUGGAUCAGGAACUUCGUAACUAUGCAUGCGGACGAGCAUGCCGUAUUGGUCGAUACCGACUGCGUGCAAUACCCACACACCAGCUCUUGAACCUCUCCCAUCAAGUGACGACGAAACCAAAUGAGACUGUGGAAUCAUUACACCUACUCAUGAAUGAGCUGAUUCAGGUGAGUCGAUGGUCGCCUCCAGUUCGGAAAUGGGUAGUGACUGCGAUCGGUCUCUCAGCCAUCCCCUUUAUCAUUCAUCCGAUUGACGCUGCUGUGGAAGUUGGCAUGAACAGAACAAUUCGUCAGCUUUACAACCAGGAAGAUCAAAGUUAG